AUGGGCCCCGGGAGUCGAGUGCUCUAUCUGGGUGCCGCAAGUGGUACCACCGUAUCUCAUGUGUCGGAUGUCGUUGGUCCGAAGGGAGUCGUUUAUGCUGUGGAAUUUUCUCAUCGAUCUGGCCGCGACUUACUGAACGUUGCGAAACACAGAACAAAUAUUGUUCCAAUAAUUGAGGACGCCCGACACCCCCUAAAGUACCGAAUGCUUGUUGGUAUGGUCGACACUAUUUUUGCUGACGUUGCACAACCCGACCAAUCUCGAAUCGUGGCUGUUAAUGCAGAACAUUAUCUGAAAAAUGGUGGCCAUGCCGUUAUUUCAAUCAAAGCUUCCUGUAUUGAUUCCGUCGCUGCUCCCGAGGUGGUGUUUGAAAAGGAAGUGGAGACUUUACGGAAGUCGCAGUUUACACCGCGCGAACAAGUUACUCUGGAACCGUACGAAAGAGGUCACGCAAUGGUAGUCGCCCAGUACAGGGUGCAGAAGAAGCCAAAGUAA